AUGAUCAACACUGAUCUCGAUACUACAUUACAAGGCACCGAAGGUGAAACAAUGACUCUGAAACCAACAGUCAGUGGAACAUCGAAAUCAGACAUUGUACGGGAGAAAGUUCCUGUUUCACUGUCCAAUUGUGCAAAUAGCUUGCCCAGAAAUGGAAAUGAGAGUCAGCCAACCUAUCCAAGCAAUUCAGAAAACACUAAUGAAUCUGAGCAUCGAGUUGCCAGCCGGUCAGUCAAUCUACCCUGGUCCAAUGCUGGGACCUUUUUAUCUUCAGCGGCCGCUAUUGCCAUAGUAGUAUUAGUUUUGGCCAUCUUUUUCUUUCCCUAUCCUCAAUCAUGUGAUAUGAGCAAAUCGGAAAACAGAGAUUUCAAUCUUUAUUAUGGUAUCAAGGAUGCGAAAAAUCAUUUCGCAACAGCAACGGCUGAUGAUUGUAGUGCUCAGAUUAUAUUUACACCGGCAUUACCUCAAUCAAUAUUAAAUGCAGAUAAGUCACCAAGCUCAUUCAUGAUAUUGGCUGAGUAUGGAACUGGGAAAACAUUAUUAAGAUGUGAAUAUUUUAAGACUUUAAAUUCUGAUCAUUAUUUAAAAAUCUUAUUAUUAAAUAAACAAAUAAGUGAAUAUUUAGAACGAUUUAUAACAAGCAGAAAAUUACAAGAUUGUGGCAGUCGUAAUUGUUCAACAGACUGGUCGGACGAUGAAUUUGCCCACUUAAUCCUAUCAGUCUUAGUAACAGAAUUUAUGGACAACUAUGCACAAAAACAAAUGAAGUUUCUGGAUAUUCCAAUCGAGGAGAAAAUCAAUUUGGUAACUAUCAUAUGUUAUUAUUAUAAUAGAGAUAAUAUCAAUCAAUUGGAAGAUUUUGUAAAUAGGCUUUUUGCGAAAUCCCGCGAAUCAUUAUAUAAAGCUAGUGAAGCUCAAGUACAAAUUCAAGAAAGACAUAUAUUUCAAGAAAAUCCAUUGUUAACUCAUCUUAAAACUGAUCUAAAUGAAUUUAGUAUUCUAAAUAAAAAUAUUGACAAACUUCAUUUAUUAUUAGCCAUCAUUCAGGGUGAAGGCUUUCAACGUCAGUCAAUGCAGAAAACAAUGUUUGGUCAUGUAUUAAGAGAUUUAACAGAUUUUUCAUCAUUUAUUAAAAAACAUAUGAAAAAGAUAACUGUAUUUAUUAUUGAUGGUAUUGAUGAAAAUCAAUUUUUGAGUCAAAAUAAUGAAGUGAAUAAAAUAUCACUGGAAUCAUUUUGUCGUUCUUCUGUUUCAAAAAAGAUUCUUUCAUUGACUAUGGCUAAUUACUUUUAUUUAUCCAUAUUCUAUCCAAAAAUCGAUGGCAUCAAUAUACGUGAUGCUAUUGUACGACCUGAUAAAUUUCCAACAUAUACACUAACAUGGAACUCAAAAUCAUUAAUGAAUUAUGCUGACUAUGUUCUUCAAGAAUUAAAUAAAAACGCCUCAUCUACUCGUUGUAAAUCAUUUACUGAUUUCAAGACACUUGUUAAUUAUGAAAAAAAAGAGAUAGCUGGAAUUAUUGAUCAAAUAAAGACGCCAAGAGCGAUUCAUUUAUUUUUGAUGGAAUUGAUAACACAAAUGAGCCACGAUGCAAAUAAUAAUAUUGAAUAUCCAUUUACAGCAACAGACGAAAACGUUCGUAAUGCUUUUGAAAAAUCUUCUGGGCAUUACUAUAAGUAUGAUAAAGCUAAAGGCUAG